CAACAAAAGUGGAAUCAUCAAUGUUCAAUCGAGGAGUUUUGUUUGUUGUUUUUCUGUCAAUUUUAAUAAAAAGUGGGAAAAUGUUAAAACCGAUGACUAGAAUAUUUGGUGGCGAAGAUACGAAUCGAGGUGAUUUACCUUAUAUGGCACUUGUAAAGCAAUUAGUGAGAGGUGAUAUUUGCGGAGGUGCAAUUAUUAGUGAGAGACACAUUUUGACUGGUGGCAUGUGUGCAAAAUAUCACACAAGACCAUUUGAUCGUUCUAUUGUAAUUACUGGGACUGUUAGUUUAAAUCAUGGUGGAAAAGUUCAUCGGAUAAUACACGCAAUUGCUCAUCCUCUAUUUCAUAAACAUUAUCCCGAUAAUAUACGUUAUGACAUUGGAGUUGUAACCGUGUGCGAUGAUAUAAAAUUUAAUUUAUUUCAAAGACCGAUUAAAUUGCCAACUGGUCCGGUAAAAGACGGCGAAGAAGCUAUUAUAUCUGGCUGGGGUCAUACGGAAACAGAAAAAAAUCCCGAUAUUUUACAGAAGUUAGUCACAAAAGUUUACACACCAAAAACUUGUGCCAAAAUGGCACAAACAAAAUCUUUUUCAGACGGGAGUCGAAUUUGCACCAAAAGUGAAAAAGGAAAAGGAUUCUGUAACUUUGACAAUGGAAGUCCUUUGGUUGUUAAUGGAGUAGUUGUUGGAAUUGCUUCAUUAUUAUUCGGUUGUGGAAUUGGAGAAAUUGAUCAAUAUGCAAAUGUUUAUAGAUGUAUAAAUUUUAUUUCAGAGGAGAUGAAAAGUGGCUGUUCAAAACCAAAUCUUAAUAGUUUUCUUGUUGAGAAAAAUAAUCAUGAUAAUGAUAAUGAUGAUGAUGAUGAUAAUUAUUUUAAACACGAUAGUGAUAAUGACAAUCGUAAAUCAAAUUUAAAAAUAAAUUGUAAAACAUGUUUCGAUGAAUGUUGGGCUGAGGAAACUAUACAUGAUUAUAAUUUUUAUGUCUAA